AGAACAUGAAACAUACACGGUGUAAGUGAGGCAGAGGGGGAGUUUGCAUGGUUUGUUGAGGAGUUACACAAGUGUCACUGCCCCCUCAGCUUGGCUGCUUACCUGGCCUGCAGUCAAGCUGGCAUGAUCCUGAUGAUCCAUGUUAUCUCAGUAUGAUCUCAGCAGCACAUCGUUACAGAAUACUUGACCUACUAUGAACCCAUCAGUUCAGUUCAUACGGCUACGUCAAGGGAAUUGUCCCCUGGAGGACUAUGUGGAGGACUUCUGCGAUAUGGCCAGCGAGGUGGAUUUUAAUGUGGUCGCCCUCAAGGACAUGUUUAGGGUGGGAUUGAGUGAGCCAAUCUCCACUUUGAUGCCUGGUGGUCGCAGUUCCCUCAGCCUGGCUCAAUAUAUCGACCUUGCCCUGCAGAUCAUUGGUUCCACGUUCACUGCGGGGGAGGCGGAUGCCGAGCCAGAGUUUCACGUCAUGGCCACCACCAAGCCAGAGUUCCAUGUCAUGGUCCCUGAGCUAGCGCCAUCUUCUGCUCCAUGCCAUGUCACGGCCACGCCUCAGCCUGCUCCAUGCCAUGUCACGGCCACGCCUUAGCCUGCUCCAUGCCAUGUCACGGCCAUGCCUGAGUCUGCUCCAUGCCACGUCACGGCCACGCCUGAGUCUGCUCCAUGCCAUGGCCACAUCUGAGCAGUUGGACCUGGAGAUGGUUCCCGCCCUUGUACCCACCCUUAAUUCUCCUGAGCAGGCAAGGGAAAAUUUCAACCCUCUGACCCCGCCAGGACCCUCUGAGCCCUGGACUCUACCUUGGCCUGUUGGCCCCUCGACAUCGCCUAGGCUCUGCAUUCCCUCAGCUCCACUGUGGUCCUUCAGCCUGUCAGCUUUGCCAGAGUCCCUCGUCCCUCUGGCUCCUCCUUGGUCUGUCAGUCACCUGGCUCCGCCUUGGCUCUCCGAUCCUCUGGCUGCGCCUCAUCCCUCCGAUCCGUCAGCUCCACCAGGGACCUCCUUCCCUACGGCUCCACCUUGGUCCUCAGUCCCACCGGCUCCACCUCAGUCUUCUGAUCCCCCAGCUCCACCUUGCUCCUCCGAGCCUCCAGCGCCGCCUUGGUCCUCCCUGCCAUCGGCUCCACCCUGGCCCUUAGAGUCUUCGGCUACUCUCUGGGUACCAAGUUCCAUGGUGUCGCCCUUCGAGCCUCUCAGGACCCCACCUUCCACAACUCCACCCCUCGAGCCUCUCAGGGCCCCACCUUCCAUUGACUCUGCCCUGGUACCAUGUCCCAUGUCUUGCCACAUGCCUCAAGACACCCCCCACCCCCCACCCUCCACCCUCAGCUCCCUACAGUACUUUGGAAAAUUAUGUCUUGUUUUAUGUGUUUUGUUCAUGUGUGGGGCGUUGGGAGCCGCCCCUUAGUGGGGGGAAUAUGUAAUGUUUAAUGUGUGAGUUCAUGUAUUUCAUGUCUUUUAUUUUGAAAACUUUAGCUCCUGUUUCAUGUCAUGUGAUCCCUUGUCAUGUGAUUUCAUGUUUUCCCUCCAUGUUCAUGUGUCUUGUUUUCAUUGGUUUAUUGUUUAAUUAUCUUGUUAGAGUUCUGUUUGUUCAGUGGUUAACUUGUUUGUCUUGUUCUCUUAAUGUCUUAUAUUUAAGCUCUCAUGUUUUCCAUUGUCCCUUGUCAAGUAUUGAAUGUAUAUGUGAAUGUAACUUUGUCAAGCCAUAGUCAAUUUUAGUCCAUGUUCAUGUUUUGUUUUGU